AUGAGGCGGCGCCGAGCAUCUGGUAGCUUAGUCCCAAAGACAUCUUCUCCUGCCAGUGAAACAAGAGUAGACAAUUCUGGAUUAAUUGAAGCCCAAGUAGGUAAUCUGGUUGAGGACUUGAAAAGCACUUCUUUUGAUGCUCAAAGAGAUGCAACAUUUGAACUCCGGCUGCUUGCAAAGCAGAGUAUGGAAAAUCGGAUUGUUAUUGCAAACUGUGGAGCCAUUAGCUUGUUGGUGGACUUGCUCCGGUCUACAGACAAAAGGGUUCAAGAAAAUGCUGUCACAACACUUCUGAACUUAUCCAUCAAUGUUGAGAACAAAACAGAAAUUACUGCUGCCAAUGCAAUUGAACCUCUGAUUCAUGUCCUUGAGACAGGCGGUGCUGAAGCCAAGGAAAACUCAGCUGCCGCUCUCUUUAGCCUUUCGGUGAUUGAGGACAACAAGGUUCGCAUUGGAAGGUCAGGGGCUAUUGGGCCUCUAGUUGAUUUAUUGGGGAAUGGGACUCCCAGAGGGAGGAAAGAUGCAACCACAGCUUUGUUUAGUUUGUCAAUUUUUCAUGAGAACCGACGUCCAAUAGUUCAAGCCGGUGCUAUAAAGUACCUAGUGGAGUUGAUGGAUCCAGCAGCUGGACUGGUUGACAAGGCAGUUGCUGUUUUAGCCAAUCUUUCUACAAUACCUGAGGGAAAGACAGCAAUUGGUCAGGAAGGUGGGAUCCCUGGUCUGGUUGAAGCUGUUGAGUUGGGUUCUGCAAGAGGGAAGGAGCAUGCAGCUGCUGCUCUUCUACAGCUCUGCACAAGUAGUGACAGAUAUUGCCGUAUGGUGCAACAAGAAGGAGCUGUCCCGCCUUUAGUGGUAUUGUCACAAUAUGGCACCCCAAGGGCCCAAAGAAAGGCACAGUCACUCCUUAGCGUCUUAAGUAAAUGA